GGUCUCUGUCCUUGGACGGAAGCGCUUAGGAGGGUCUGUGACGAUGUAAUGCGUUCGGUACCUCACUUCACCAACACCUGGUUUCGAAUAUCAGAUUGACUUGAUCUUACGCUUGUGCCAUUGCUGGAUUUUCUCGUUUGCUUUUAUUAUUAGACUUACACACUGUCCCCACACUCCAACUUACAGACAACGGCACCUCUGGUAAUGGGUUUUACAUGGUGACAUGGAGUCAGGUGACGAAAGACUAUCGAGGGUCUCAUUUACUCACCGGAUCAUCGCUUCUUCAGUUGGUGGUAUAAUGACAGCGUUUGUUAUGACGCCUCUGGAUGUUGUGAAAGUCCGAAUGCAGUCUUCCAGGGCAUACUCCGAAACCAAGUGUCUUAUUUAUUGUAAUGGACUAGCUGAACGCCUCUCCACCUGCCCAUUGAGCCGAAACACCUGUUCUAUGUCUUGGUCAGAACGUGCUAUGAAGUGUGCAGGGAGGUGGAACUUAUUUACCUCGAACGAAUCACAUUGUUGUUCCACAUGCAUUCCUCAUUAUAAUAACCAAUCUUUUGUUUCAUUUUCCUGCCGCUCCCCUAGCGUUUCAGAUACCGUCCUCAGAAUUAUUCGUAAUGAAGGUAUUUUAUCUCUUUGGAGUGGACUCUCCCCAACACUUGUUAUGACACUUCCUCAAACUGUUAUCUACUUCACUGUCAAUGAUUGGCUGAAAUAUCAUGUUGGAUAUACUUCUAAGACUGUCAACAAAUCACCAGUAAUGACAAGUGGAUCUUUCCAAAACUUCAUCUCCCCUAAAGAUUUCCUCCCUCCAUUAGUUGGAGGUGUGUCUCGAAUUUUCGCGGUAAUGGCUGUAUCACCAAUAGAAUUGUUACGUACAAAAAUCCAAGCUAGGAAAGUACUCUACCGAGAUAUAACAUCGUUAGUUGUUACAACAGUGAAACAGGAUGGUCUGAAAAGUUUGUGGUUAGGUGCUGGACCAACUCUGUUACGUGAUGUUCCUUAUUCUAUGGUAUUUUGGUUAACUUACGACUAUAUGAAAUCUGGGUUUAUAAAUAAACAGAUAAGAACGCAUUUGUUGUCGAAUAGUGAAUUGCCUGCCACAUUUGACAGAAUUCACUUUUCGCAUGCAUUUGGUUUUGGAGCAGCUGCUGGUUUUAUUUCUGGCGUAUUAACACAUCCAUUCGAUGUGAUUAAAACUCACAGACAAGUUGAUUUCGGAAAGUAUUCGUUUUCAUUUAGAUCUUGGUUUUUCCCUUGUGUAUGUUGGGGCCUAUUGCUGAAGAGGCUUCUGCCACAGUAGUUGUUUUCGUCUGGAUUUGUUGGUGUGUAUGGGAGAGAAGAGCCAGAUUUUCUGCAAAGUCCAAGUCGUCUAGUUACAUGCAAGCUGUGCAUUGUAUUCCGUGCUCUCCCUCAUAUAUCGAAGUCUUUGUAUUCCAGUCAAAUGGAUAGGAAAGCACUCAGCGGCGUCACAAGGCAAGCCAUCACUUGGAAUCCUCAAAGCCAAAUGAGAAGAGGAGGACCAAAGAACACAUUACGCGGAGAAAUGGAUGAACAACAUUUGGACAGAACUAGGAAGGAAGGCCCAGGACAGGGUGUGUUGAAGAAUACUGGUCGGCGGCCUAUGCUCCACUGCAGGUAGCAGGCGUAAGUAAGUAGGGUCCGACGGGUUUCACUGAUUCCAUGUACCUAUAUUAUUUGUUGCUCUGGUUGUUAGAAGCAGAAUCAGCCUAUGAAUCUCGGCUUUCAACAUGUGGCAUCAUAGUUCUCUCUUCAACUCCCAGGACAGAGUUUAAAUUGUAUUCUGGUUAGCGUUUUUUAGCAAGGUUGUUUUCUACGGGAUGUGGUUGCCGACCACACCCCCAACCCUCCCUUACGUGGUCUUGGGACAGGCAGUAGCCCUAGAAGAGCUACAAAUGAAGUUAUAUCCGUAAUACUAGUGAUUUAAUUUCACAAUUUCUUACUCGGUUGUUCGAAAGUACAUGAGCAACGCUUCAAAGAUAAAUACAUGAUCAGAAACCUGCGACCCACGCAUUUCUUCUAUCUUCGUUGCCAUUAAGUAAUAUAAAACUGACUGCUGCACAUUACACACCCUUUGGUUGGUAGACGGUUGUCUUCCUCACCCCCUAAGUGAUGCAAAAUUGAGUCAAGCACCGAACCAUCAGGACUGAGACUUUGAGUAUAAGUAUAGUGCUCGACCAGCCGAAAUAUUUCAUCCCCUAUAGCGUCUGGGUGUUGGUGUAAAUUAGUCCUAAUGUAACUUUAUUUUUUAAUGAACAAACGCAUUCCAACCCUGUUUACACUGUUACUUAAGGUGUUCAAAAGGUCUUUCAGCAUGUCAGUCAUUAUCAACAAUGGCACCCCUCACUAAACAGAAUUAUGAAAUCUCCACAGUCUAUGUCAAGAACAAAAUCUCUUAUUAGAUCAGUUCCUGAAAAGUCGGACAACAGAAGCAUUAUCUCUAAAUGGAAUGUCUGUUUUGGAGUUAAAUAAAAUUGGGAUAGUACGUAGCACCGACGAAAACCACUUGAGGUUGACAAUUUGGAAGAAAAUAUUGUUCGAAAAAAGAAACUUCAUAUAGUUUACGUGCUUCAGUGAACCCUUUAGUGAUAUACACUGUCAAAAGCCUCGGUUCAAGCCAUAUCCUGCCUACCAGUUAACAAAUACAAUUAUUGCCGGACGUCAUUAACUAUGUUCAUGUUCUAGAACCUAAUGAAGGGCGGAUAUUGAUCGUUAGAUUCAUGUCCGGGUCGGGAAAUAGUAUCAUUUCGCCGUUCACGAGCUUUAGUUAAGCGUUGAAUUAUUACCUAGACUAACAUUUUAAACACUCAGUCGAAUCAAUCCUUCCGUGGUCAUCACAAGAGAAUUUAAUCCUUUCCUCUAAGUUUGGAUGAUCAUCAAUUGAGACCAGUCAGAAUGUAUCACGUUUAGUUCCCAAAAUCUAGCUAACAUUUCAGUCAAUCUGAAUGCCGAAACUUGACCAUCAUCCACAAAAAUCCUCGAAGUUAUUACAUCGAAUGCAACUGCUUCCUCCCAUUCAGACGAACUAUGGAACUUUCAGCUUCAAUAUUGGUAAUAGUUGGGUUGGUCAUAUUGAUUUUCCAUUCAGACUUUUUUUUAGUGGUAAGCAAAUAUAAGGAUCUGGAUUGUUUCUGAUUGACGCAUAAAUUCAACUUUUGAUUAUCUGUUUUUUCUUCAGAUGAUGAAAGCCACAUUACUUAACACAUUUAGACAAAUUCUAACUUCGUUUUGCCAACCAACUAAACUACGUUUUUCUAUAAUCCUUUAAACGUAGAUCAUCUUCACCCAACAUCAACGUGGACAUUACUGCAUAAUUUGUAUAUUAAAAAUGGUCUUCCUGCCUUGUUUUCUGGUUUCACACCUAGAAUAAUUAAAACAACCGGCGCUUCUGCAAUAAUGAUUGCCGUCUUUGAAAGUUUAAAAGAAAAAGUUGUAAAUAUCGGAACAAGUUAAAUGGAGAAAAAAAUUGAGGUCAACUUAUUCUUGAAAAAUUCUUCACAUUACUCAAGUUUACUGUUACGCAACACUACAUUGGUCAUUUUAUUUUGUACUGUGUUUUAGUUUUUAGUGACAACAUUGAAUAAAAUGACUUUAGUUCAUGUAAUUUGUUUAUAGAGAAUUUUUAUUUGCAACAGGAAGGUUUUUGAAAAGACAAUAGAUUGGGAUAGCUGAGUAUGAAACCAGUAAUUUGUGCUUUUUCAUUGAAAUCAAGAACUGAUUUGAGUUAAACAGCCAUUAAAAAUUUGAAAGCACUGGAUGACUGUUUCGUUCUGGUAUGGGACUCAUCACAAGCGCGCAUCCACAACACCACCACUGAAGAUCGAAUGCUUCACCUCGAGACAAAUGAGACUUCCGAAAAUAUUGGGUUCGACCCUCGGUCGCAAAGUCGCGAAACCGCACUGCUCAAUCCCACAUUAGGACGGAACGAC